AUGCAAUCCGGCAAAGCCAGAAAUCCCUCUCAAACUCCCGAUGGCAAAGCAUCAACAGCGUCCUUGUCACAAGACACGAAACAUGAACGGCGUUCUCUCGGCCGGGCCUCAAACAUCACACGUUUCGAAGGGCAAGAUAUCAGUGCAGCAACCUUGGGCACUCAUAAAGACAGUCUCAAAGCCCCGAACAUCAGCAAGCUCAUCCAGUCACUCUCCUUACAGCGCACUGUCGCCCCGGGGACCUCAAAUUCAGCACAGCAGAACAGGAACACCGAGUCGUCUCGUCCUACAAAGGAGACCCAGCAGUCACAUGGGAACGCGCCCAGGAAAAGAUGUCAAGGCGCCGAAAAGGAUCUCAAUGACGGUGGAGAUGACUCAGGCGACGAUGAAGACGAUCCACGAAAGAAGAAGAAACCCAAAGUUGCGGAUGACCCAAUGCUGCGCAGGAGACUUAGAUGUCCGUUCUACCUCUGGGAUCCUAAGAAAUACGGCCAUCUCCAAGCAUGUAGCAGCGGCAUGGGCUUCGAAGACAUGAGUAGACUGAAGUUCCACCUGAAGAGAGUCCACACCCAGCCAUUACGGUGCCCCUGUUGCCAGGCCGAAAUGAAGUCUAGAUCAUUAUUGAAAGAGCAUCUACGCAGCAGCGAAAGGUGUGAGGUGCUUCCGGAGCCGGAUGAUGAUCGGAUCAGCCAGGAGCAGUGGGAGCGUAUUGACUCUGCGAAAGAGUAUGCGACGAGUUCCAAAAGCGUGGAAGAGAAGUAUACGCAGUUGUAUCAGGCUUUGUUCGGAACCGCCGUCGACUUGCCUUCUCCGUACGAACGGUCAUUCAUCAUGUCCGAACUGGAACGCUUACUCGUAUGCGCGCUGGAGGAGGUAUUUUCGCAAGAAUUUGCUUCCAUCAUGCCGAGGAUUAAAGAGAAAAUUCCCGAGGUCAUUAGGAUUUGCAAAGCCAAGUUGCGUGACCAUACGCACGAGGGCUCCUCUUUGGAGAUGGCGGCGUCAAUGAGCUCGGUCGAACAAGAGACAGGGUUGUUCUCGAACGAGAAACUAGGUCGGGCUGGCGAUGCUGUCGACAGGUCUCUCAGUGGUCAUCUAACUCCCACUCAGGAGAAUGGCAUUUCCAGCGGUUACGUUUCAAAUCUGCAUUUCGAUAGAUCAAUGCGCCACCCCAGAGUCACCUAUCCCCAUAAUGGGAAUAGCGGACUUUCCAACCUGCCUAUCGCACAGCAACCUGUACUCGAAUACCCCGGCCCCACGCUAGCUAACGGUCUUCACCGCGGAGGGUUCGACAACCCUUUCUCAGAUUCACACCAAAUGCCAAGGAACUACAAUCAGGGUAGCACUACGGAGCACUUCCCCUUCCAGCUCCAAUCGACGCCCCUUCACCUCAGUCAAACUUCGAGCCACUCUGUAUCCACAUCGGACCACUCGUCACUGCAGACUUUCGAGCCGAAUUCACUGGACACCGAGCUGACGCCGGAGAGCUCCCGGACAUCUGUCCUAGAGAUGACUGAUAAAGGAGGCGAGCGAGCCCAUGCCAGGGGUUUCUUCUGUGACGCAAUGGAGCAGGGCGCUGCUUUGCCGGUCCUGGCGGGACUAGGGAGCGAUAAUAGAGAACGCCAAACAUCGGAUACGGAUGGCCUGGAUGGCUAUUUUGCUUUUCCAGAUGGAUUGGAUACUGCUCUUGCUGAUGCUUUCUUGGCCGACUCUGAGACGCUAGCCAUGGACUAUAACUGGAAUGGGGGGUAA